AAACAUACCACUGAGUUCUCGCAAUCUGAACCAGGAUGUGGACUAUUUCCUUGCUCAUUUUGUGUUGUUUAUCAGCGCAGGCAGAAUCUCUCGGUCGCCGCGGCAGCCGGUCCAAACGGGAGAUUCUGUCGCGUUCCAAAAGAAGGUGGGUUUUGUCUACAAUUGAAGUUGUUGAAGAGGAUCGUGGCCCGUUUCCAAAAAAGAUAUCUCAGAUGUUUAACAACAAACUGGAUCGUGACAGCACCGGCCACAGCUUUCGUAUUAUGGGGAUGGGAGUGUCGCAGCCACCCCUGGGAGUCUUCAGAAUCGACCCACACAAUGGAACGGUCUUUGCCCUUCAGUCCAUCGACAGAGAGUUGCAUGACAGUUUCCACAUCAAGUUUGACAUUUUGGAUGAAAUGGGAAAUCUAAUGGACAAGGAAUUGGCUUUUGACGUGGAAAUUAAGGACCUGAAUGACAACGCGCCGAGAUUUAAGGAUCCUAAAAUGACAGCAAACGUGAAGGAGAACUCGAUUGAGGAGGAUGCGCUUGCAGUAAUUAAUGUAGAAGACAGGGAUCAGCGAAACACCCCCAACUCCACUGUUGUCAUGAGAAUUGUACGACAGGAACCGAAAACUCCUCCUAUCGGCCUGAAGCAGAUCAACAACGACAUGGGUCAACUUACUUUUACUGGAUGCUUCAAUUAUGACCAAAUCAAAAAAUACGAAGUAACCGUGGAAGCCAGGGAUAAAGGUACGCCGCCCUUGUCCUCCACUGCUGUCAUCACUCUGAACAUUGUCGACGCCAACACUCACCCAGCGCAGUUCAAGCAAAGAAAGUAUUCAGGAAGCGUGAUAGAAGGGGAGACCAAGGACGAGAUUUUUCGAGUUGGCGUUAAUGACAAAGAUGACCCAAAAACACCUGGGUGGGAGGCGGAAUACACCAUCAUUCGAGGGAAUGAAAUGGAGUACUACAAAAUUGUCACUGAUCCAGAGACCAAUGAAGGUAUUUUGGGUGUCAUUAAGGGAAAGGAUUUUGAGCGCACCAAAAAGCACACGUUGGAAAUUGGGGUGAGAAACAAGGAGCCCUUGUUUGUUUGUGGGAAGACGAUACCACGCGGUGCACCUCGUCCCUUCGACGACAUCAUCAAUGUCACCGUUACAGUCAUUGAUGCCAAUGACGCCCCAGAGUUUGGCAAAAAAUUGGUCAUAGUGCAUCAGAAGGAAGAGGAGGAGCCUGGGAAGGUGCUGCUUACUCCAAAGAUCACGGACGAAGAUUCGGAUCUUGACCAAGUCAGAUUUGUGCUGCUGGAGGACCCGGCUAAGUGGAUGACCAUUGAUAAAAAGACGGGUGCCAUGAAAGCAACGAAGAAGUUGGACCGAGAAUCCCCUUUUGUGAAGGAAGGCGCUUACAAAGUCCUAGUUGGGGCGGUGGAUAAUGGUGAGCCACCAGCGACGGGAACGUGCACGGUCCUUGUUCACCUGAUGGACAUCAACGACAACAAGCCGCGGCUGGCGAGCAACGUUGUGACCUUGUGUGCGAACAAGGGCGACAAAGUCAUGGUUGCUGGCAACGAUUCAGACGCUCACCCUUACAGUGGACCCUUCACUUUCUCCUUGUCGGGGGAUGACGAGGCUCUGAAGCAGCGAUGGAAACUUCAGCCGUCCACAGGCGAGGAAGCUGGGCUUAUUAGUCUCAAGUCUCUGGCCUAUGGAAGUUACUUGGUGCCACUAGAGAUCGAAGACCAGCAAGGCCUCUCUGCAAAGGAGACCUUAAAAGUGGUGGUGUGCGACUGUCAGGAUAAAGAUGUGUGUCGUGAGAAGCGUGCAAAGAAGCCCUACCUUGGAUCCGCUGCUAUCGGAAUACUCUUUGCAGCACUGUUUCUGUUUCUAUUGUUGUUGCUUGCCCUCGCUUGUGCGUGUGGAAAGAAGAGUUUUGCGCACAUGCCGAUUGCAGAAGGCGAGGGCAACCAGACCCUCAUGAAGUACAACCAAGAGGGAGGGAGUGCAGCAGUCAAGGAUGAUGCCAGUCUUUAUUUGAUUCCUCCGUCUGCUCCCACACUUGUGGAUGGAGUCAAACUGGGCACCGUUCAGAAAAUUCAGUCACAUCCAUCCAUGAACUACAACUUGUCAGCACAAAAGUCAAACUCCAUGUCUGUUAGCAGACAGGUUUACCGUGAAAGUUCAAGAAGCUACGGGCAGAGCAUGAACUCGGAAUGGACCAGAUCUAAUGGCCAGAUGUACUCUGGAUGGGCUGCAAACAGAUCAAACACCUUGCAAGGGGGGGCAUGGAGGAACCAGUCGCUCAGCGCUCGCACCAACCACCACAUUUCAGACUUCCUUGACCGGAGGCUGUACACUGUUGACGGACAGCUUGAGGAGCACACCUCCUACAAGCCGUGUGAGUACUCUUACGAAGGACAGGGGAGCAAGUGCUACUCUCUGGACGAACUCUCGCUCAGUCACCUGGGGGACGACCUGACUUUCCUCAACGAUUUGGGUCCCAGGUUCAAGGCCUUGGGCAACAUCACUCAGCAGGCCGUUGCAGAAAAGAAAAUCAAACUGUAACCAUGUCCCAGCUGAAAGUGACUGUUGCUUUUGUUGCGUGGAAACGUGUCACACACCUGGUGAAGGAGGUUAGAAUCCAUUCUGAAAUCAAAUGAUGGCUUAAUCCGAUUCAGUGGAAUCAAUGCACUGUGCAAACUUUUAUGCUCUACUUAAUUUCAGUUGUUAGAAGGGAAUUAAAAACAUGUGGGUGUGGAAAGCGUGGCAUCAGUAUUAUUUUGAUAACGUCUCAGUCACAAAUGUUUUUCUAUAGCUUGGAUGAACAGCUCCGUCGGACACGCCAGGCUGUGUUCAACUCAAAGAAACCCCGAGUGACUCUCACACUACUGCUGAGAGCAUUUACAUAAAGCUGCGUUGGGGCUCGACUUUAGUGUGCAUUGCAGAGGAGGGAGUGGUGUUGAAUUGUGGGAGUGGUGCAUGUGAUAAAUGUCAAGGAGCCUGGCAGGAAACAUGUCAACUCAGUUCACUGUAUCUACAGGGCAUCAACUGACUCUCACACUAUAAUUACGCAGGUGUGUAGGCAGUUGUGUACAUGCAGUGAUGCAUCAUAUGAAAUACACUUGAUCGUUGCCGUGGUACGCACAACCAAACCGUGCUUCACUGACUGCAGUGGGGCGAAUCAGGACAAACACUUUGCUGUGAUUUACUGUCGGAGAUGAACACAAUACUGUGCUUCUGUGCACUUAAGAAUGGCAUCUGCACUUGUUGCUGUAUAUAGAGUCUUAGUUUAUAAUAGAGGUUUGUUGGUGGGGGUUUGAGGGAACAAAGCUAGCCUUGAAACAAAAACUGUGACCAUCUAAAAUGAGGUGACAUGAGACAUCCAAACAAGAAACGAUGGCUCUUGUCAUCAGCAGUAAAUAUUCAUGUGUGAUAUGAGCGACGGCUGAACAUACCUUGGCCUCAGACAAACCUAUAAUUUGUCGGUGUCUCCUCAAAUUGCCUGCACUGUUACAGCCCUGACAUGCUCUGUGCCAACGACAAUAAAGUUUCUGCAUGUCGAA